AUGAGCAAUCUACCGUAUGAUGCAACGGGUGCUGACGCUAAUCAGUCGUUCGGUAUUGCGGUAAAUGCCGGCAAUGGCAGCUCCGGAGGGCCCGUCAACGCAGAGAGGCCGAUGGGCGCGCAAGCUGGGCUGACGCAGCAGCAACAGCUGCAGCUGCAGCAGAGACAGCGAAUGCUCCUGCAGCAGCGUGCGCUGCAACAGCAGAAACACCAACAGGCAUUGCAAAAUUACGAGUCUCAAUUCUACCAAUUACUGAUGACUUUGAACAAGAAACCAAAGAGGAUAUACAACUUUGUGGAAGACGCAGAUCAAACUUUGAAGAAGUACGAACAGUACAGGCCCAGUUUUGAGUUCCACAUCUAUGAAAAUAACUACAAGAUCUGUGCUCCGGCAAAUACAAGAUUGCAGCAGCAACAAAAGACGCCGGAGUUGAACAGCGAUGGGUUGAUACUUAAUAAAAAUAAUGCGAUUCUCAAGGAUUUUCUCGAGUACGUUGCCAGAGGGAAGAUUCCGGAGUCGAUUACAGAGGUGCUGCGAGAUUGUAACAUUCAGUUUUAUGAGGGAAAUCUGAUAUUGCAGGUGUAUGACCACACAAACACCGUGGAUGUGGUCGCCAACGACCAGAAUGGGCAGCAGUCAUCGCAGCAGAAGAAUAGUUCUACCCCGGAACAGCAAGGGGACACUGCUGUGAAACGAGAGACUGACCCCCAGUCGUCUUCAGAAACUCCAGAGGCCAAGAAGACCAGGCCUGCCACGUACAAGAGACCUAGAGUAUACAGAACGUUGCUUGAGCCAAGUGAUCUGACUCAUUACUAUGACAUGAUGUCGUAUGCUGAUCAUACAAGGUUUUCGGAUAGCAUUUAUCAGCAGCUGGAGUCUGAGAUCUUGUCGCUCACCAAGCGUAAUUUGAGCUUGGACGUUCCUCUGAAUCCAUACGAUCACAGGGACAUAUUUGAGCCCGAAGCGUUUGCUACACCAAGUUGGGAUGAAAAUACCAAGAGGUUUAAGCACAUACACCGAGAAGAAUGCAAGAAACCAGGGACCAAAGGAGCAGUAGGACAUAUCGAUGAGCACGAAGAAUUACCUCAGCAUAGUUCCAACUACGAACAGAUGAUGUUAAUCAUGAGCGAACGUACAACCACUUCGACUAACGCAACGUUUGCUGCUUCAUUGACCAAGAACGCCCUACAAUUAGAAGCAGCAAGCUCAAAGUUGUCGAAUGGUCGUGGUUCUCCAAUUUCGGGAGGCGGAAAAUCCGGUAAUCGCGGUUCUACAGCGAGUCGCAAUCAAGCUGCAAUCGCUGCUGCUGCUGCCGCCGCUGCUGCAGGACUCACUGCAGGAAAUGAAAAUAACCAAUUCAGUAGACUAAAGUUUAUCGAACAGUGGAGGUUGAACAGAGAAAAGAGAAAACAACAAACACUGAAUAACAAUAUCGCACCUAACUCAUUGAAUAAUGCAAUAUCGAUGGCGGCGCCACUCACUGCACAACAGCAGCUUCUUCAGCAACAGCAAUCGAUGGAACGCGCUGAUCAGCGCCAAGACUUCCAAUCAGAACAAAGAGUAGGUUCACAACAAGCUGCAGCCAAAAAGCGCAUGACUAAUGACAAACCUAAACCAAAACGACCUCGCAAAACAAAGAAGGCAGCUGCAGACGGUGCAGAACCGCAGGCAAAGAAAAAGCGUGUCACUAAAAAAAAGCAAGCCGACAACUCCUCACCUGUGGAUACCAGCGAAGCAUUCUAG